AUGCCAUAAUUUGAUAUGACAGGAGAUUAUCCUACUAUAGGGAUAACUGAUUUUUAAUUAUUUCUAACAGCUCCAGAAAAAUAUAUUGACAUACAUUAACUAGGAUUACCUAUCGAAGGGUGUUUAUUAGACAUUUCUGAAUUUAUUGAAGGUUGUGCUUUUUGUGUUAGAGGUGCAUGCUUACAUUGUUAAGAAGGGUGGCAAUAUGCAGAAUAAGUUUAGAGAUGCUCACCAAUAUGUGGAGAUUUUAAACUUGUCGAAAAUGAAUAAUGUGAUGAUGGCAAUGAGAUACCUUAUGAUGGGUGCUUUCAAUGUUAAUUCUCUUGUGACUAAAAUUGUAUUAAUUGCCAAAUGGGUAUUUGUUAUGAGUGUUAAUUUGGAUAUUAUAUAAACUUAUUAGAUAAAUCUUGUUUCAGUAUUUGUGGCGAUGGAAUAGUUGCUUCUAAUGAAUCAUGCGAUGAAGGAAACAUGAUAUUUUAAUCUAGAUGUUAAAACUGUUAAAUUUAAUGUCAGAAGGAAUGUUUAAGUUGUAUAUCUGGAUAGUGUUAUUCAUGUAAAGGAUUGGGAUGGGAGAUCGACUUAGUCUCUAGAGAAUGUAAGUCUAAUUGUGGAGAUAAUAUAAUUGUUGGAAAUGAGUAAUGUGAUCAUGGAAAUGAACUUGAUUAAGAUGGAUGCUUUUAAUGUUAAUCUAUAUGUGAACUAGGAUGCACAAAAUGUUUGGAUAGAGUUUGCUUAGAAUGUUAAAUUAAAGGUUGGCAAUUAUAUGAAAAUUGAUGCAUUUCUAUUUGUGGAGAUGGCAUUGUAGUAGGAAAUGAAAAGUGUGAUGAUGGAAAUUUAAUUCCAUUUGAUGGAUGCUUUGAAUGUUAAUUUGAUUGUUAAUCUGAAUGUACAGAUUGCUAAUCAGGAUUAUGUUAAGCUUGUGAACUAUUAGGUUGGCAGUUAAUUAAUCAUCGUUGUCAUUCUAUUUGUGGAGAUGGAUUUAUUGUUGAUGGGUAAGAAGAAUGCGAUGAUGGAAAUGAUUAAGCUAAUGAUGGUUGCUAUUAAUGUAAAUUUUAAUGUUCAGAUGGUUGUGUCGAAUGCCAAUAAGAUAAGUGUCUUAAAUGUGAUAAUUUGUAUUUAUUGGAUACUUAAACAUCAAAAUGUAUAUUAAUACAUAUCAAUGAUGACGAAUAAGAUAUUGAUUUGAGUUGUUUAUAGUGUAAUUAAUUAGCCAAUUUUAGAUGUGGAGAAAAUCAAUUACUUAUUGACUAUAAAUGCGUCAAUUAAUGUGGAAAUGGACUAUUUAAUAAUUAAUAUGAAGCAUGCGACGAUGGUAAUUUUUAUGGAGGAGAUGGAUGCUCUUCUUUUUGUAAUAUUGAAGAUUCAUAUCAAUGUGAUAUUGAGUAAGGCUCAUAAAGUUUAUGCACAUAUAUCCAAGCUCCAGAAUUUUAUUUAAACAUUCUUUCUGGUAAAACCAACUCAACUCAAACUGUAGAAUGA